AACUUUUCCACGUAGCUUUAUCACCGGCAAUCGAACUUCGACCGACAAGCGCACUGUCGAAUGUAUAUAUAUAUAGUUUAUCAAAGAUUCACUCCUUAUUGAAAUCAAUUUAGCCACAACACGGACAUUCGAAAAUUUUCAGUUGGACGCUUUAGAAGUAUUGAGAAAAAAGUAUUGAUAUAUCGUUUAAAUGGGUGUUUUUAAAAUGAAGAUUUGUGUAGUGGCACUGGUGUUUCUUGUCGUUAUUGAAGACUCUCUUUUUGGCGAACAAUCUGUCGGCGAAUCAACCAUACCAUCAACAAGCACAACGACACCAUCACCUGUUAUACACCAUCACGGCAGUACUUCAACAGCGAUUAGGACACAAACAACCGCUCCUACUACGACGAGUACAAGUCAUCCUUCCACUCACUUGGACAAUACGCCUACGACCGCGAGCAUCAUCACAACCAAGGAAACAACAACGAAGCACACCACUGAACACGAAACCACCACGGAGCCCACAACAAACCCGAAUACGACUUCAACCGCGAGCAUCAUCACAACCCAGGAAACAACAACGGAGCACACCACUGAACAUGAAACCACCACGGAGCCCACAACAAACCCGAAUACGCCAACCACACCGAAAAUGACAUCACCGAGAACAACCACGACUGCGAAAUCCCCCAGCAAAUCCGGAUUUGACGGUGGCUCGUUCGGAGGCGGUGUCGGUCUGGGACUUGGAAUUGCUUUGGGGCUUUUUUGCGUCUACAGGUGCUAUGUCGCGUCCAAAAACAAGCGUCACGGUUACAGCAAAGCAUAUUAAAACCGUUGUGCACAUGACAGUUGAGAACGAGACACAUGUUGAAUUCAUGCUAGUUUGUUUUCUAAAAGUGUAAAUUACAUUACAAUUCAUUAUUUGAAAUUUACUGUUUAUUGACGUAUGUUGAUUCAUGUUACCUUGAGUGAGUGAUUUACAUGAUGGGCGUGGCUUCCCAUGUUUGAACGUGAAUUGGUCACAAUAAAUAUAAAGUUGAGACAUACAAUGGACUGUAAUGUAAGUGUAUCAUGGUAAAAAACAUAAUUUACUGUUGACUAAUUUAUUCGAUGAGUUCAUGAUUAUAUCUGUUUUUAUCCGUGUAGUUAUUAAACAAAAGAAGCUGGAAA